AUGGAAGCAAAUGUCCAGCUCGUGAGAGUUAUCCAGGAAAUGCGGGCAGAGAUCAAUAAGUUGGAGAAAGAGAAUCAGGCCCUCCGGAUGAAACUGACUUCAAGUAGUCAGAGAACCCCAGGCUCAGGGGGAAAAUCAGGAGAUGAGAAGGAGGAGGAAGUCACAGACCUCAGUAAACUUGCAGAAGUGCCUGGACAAUCUCCAGCAGCCCUUCAUGGUGGUGUUUCCACUGGUACGGUCCCAGCUGUGAGGGAACACCAAGGCAAUGUCAUGAUUGUUAGACGCUAUUCCAUUUCCUCACCAACUCAUUUGUUAGCUGCAAAUGAUCCUUGGAAAGCUGGGAAAAAACAUCCAAAUUGUGGAAUUCUAGAAGCUCAAAGAACAGUCAAAUCACUGGCAUGUUCUUCAAUUAAGAAGCAAGACAACGAAGAAAAGAUGUUUGCCCCAGAUUCUUUUACCAGCAAUGGUUCCAGCCAAAGAGCCUUUCCCAAGCAUGGUUUUGAUUGCAGGGACAAGAUAAAGACAGUCAGUUUCCUGUUACCCAUGAACAUGUCUUCAUAUUCCAAAAACUCAAGUUCUUUGAAAUGCUCAUCAAAUCAGACCACAAACCAGCUAAGUACCAUUACAGAGUAGGAUACGUAAGGUGGUGAAAUUUAAGAAACAGUUGAUUUCCA